CUAUCGUAAUACUUAUUUAGAUAUGUGAGUGAGUGAAAGUGUGUGUUCUUCAGGAAACUAAUUGCAAGGGACAAAAAUGCACCGUGCAUACAAUUUUAUUAUCUGUUAGCAUUAGAAAACACAAGUGUCAUCCUAGCAUUAAUACCUGACUAGUAAGUUGUAUUAGUAAUAUUUUGCAUGCAGGAGGAAGUACAUAUCUUUGGUAGAUGUGAUUAGCAUUUAACAUUUAAUUUUCACUAGGGUAUAGAUAUGAGUAUUAAGCAAGUAACCAUCAUUUUGUAACUGGCGACUCCUUAGAUUAGAGCCAAUUAUAUAAUCAUGGUUUACAUGGGCUGUCAAAGUGCACUUUUUGUGCUGAUGUUAUAUAUCCAGUUUUGGACAAAUGUUGGUGCAAGCGGUCCGUGUGCAUUGCUAGAACCUCGUGCAGAUGCCUUGUGCAUACCGUUGGCAUCAAUUAAUCGAGCGUUUCGAGAUGCCAGGCAGUAUUUUGGUCUCAAGUACCCUAUCUCAUUUCCGCCCCAUAAAACACAACAUCAUUUGGAUGAAGUGGAUCGACUAGGAAUGGUAUUAACUCAGACGACAAAGUACAUUGCUAAAGAAUUUGAAAUCAGUCAGGAACAUAUCGAAAAACUGCUUCCUGAACUGGACCUUGAAUUAACGGACGUUUGGAGUUUUUGUCCGCUACAAUUUCGAAAUAGAAAAGAUUGCAAACUCAGCAUAUAUCGUGAGCUAAAUGGUCGGUGUAAUAAUCUCAAUUUCCCCGAGUGGGGAAGCACAUUCACUCCAUUUAGAUAUCUCAUUCCUGCAGAUCGUCCGGAUGGCAUAGAAUACCCCAAAGACCCAGACGCCACAUAUUUGCCCCCUGCUAGAAUUGUCAGCAGCAAAAUGCACCGAGAUAAUGUUGUCCAUGAUCACACAGUGACGGUUAUGCUAAUUGCCUGGGGGCAGCUAGUUGACCAUGACAUAACGUUAACCGCAGAGACAAAAGAUCCAUACACGAAGAGGGACCCUGAUUGUUGCAAGUAUUUACAAGAUGGACCUGAUGCAAAACUGCAUCAUAACUGCUUCCCAAUUCAGAUCGCCAACCAUGACGAAUUUUAUUAUGGACACCACCAACAUUGCAUGAAUUUUGCUAGAUCAGUUUCAGGAGUAAGACCAAACUGUAGGCUGGGUCCAAGAACUGCAUUAAACUCGAUUAGUUCAUUUCUGGACGCAAAUUUCGUUUACGGUUCUGAGGAAUAUUUGAGUACAAAAUUAAGAACAGGAAAAUACGGAAUGCUUGACUCAUUGCCUGAAUUUCACAAAAUCGGUCUAAAAAAUCUUCUCCCCUUGAAGCUGGACCACCCUGAUGAAGGAUGCAUACGGCCAAACGAGCAUGUUUAUUGCUUUCUUGCAGGGGAUCACCGAGUAAAUGAGCAACUCGUCCUUACCGUCCUUCAUACAGUUUUUAUGCGUGAACAUAACCGAAUUGCUUGGCAGCUAGCAAAGAUUAAUUUACAUUGGGAUGACGAAAGAUUGUUUCAAGAAACCAGGCGCAUUGUCAUUGCAAUUACUCAACACAUCACAUAUGAAGAAUUUUUGCCAAUGGUGUUGGGGAAACGAUUAUUGAAUGAGUUUCAAAUCUCUGUCGAUAAAGAGGGGAAAUUUUGGAAUGGAUAUGACCCCAACUUGGACCCUUCGGCAACGGAAGGAUUCAUCACAGCCGCGUUUAGAUUUGGUCACUCAUUGCUACCACACAGAAUUGAAAGAUGGUCUGUAGCUCAUAAAUUUAUAGACAGUAAAGAAUUAAGUCGCUUAAUUCGCCAGCCAUUUGACAUCUUAAAACCAGGGUAUGUAGACACGUAUCUGCUAGGAAUGGUUAACCAAUUGGCUCAAGCAAUGGAUGAAGGUGUCACGGAACAGGUUACAACAUUGCUGUUUAAGAAACCGCAUAAGCAUUUUGGAAUGGACUUGGCUGCUAUAAACAUUCAGCGCGGAAGGGACCAUGCAAUUAGAGGCUACACGGAAUAUCGAAAAAUGUGUGGACUCUCUACGGUGCAACAUUGGGAAGACCUUGUUGGAAUCAUGAGGAAUGACACGGUUGCAAUGUACAAAACUAUUUACAGGGCCCCCCAAGAUAUCGAUUUGUGGUCCGGAGGAGUGUCAGAAAUUCCAAUUCAUGGUUCCUUGGUUGGUCCUACAUUCGGCUGCAUCAUUGCAAAACAAUUUCAAGCUCUGCGGUAUGGAGACCGACAUUGGUAUGAAGUGCCGAAUCUGCCAUCAAGCUUCACUUCGGAACAACUUGAGGAGAUCAAAAAGAUCAAAUUGUCUCGACUUUUAUGUGACAACGGCGAUUAUAUAAAAACUAUUCAAGUGUAUGCCAUGGUUCUUGCGGAUCCUCACCGUAACCCACGCGUCCCAUGUCAAGGACACGUGUUACCAAGAAUAGAUCUUAGCAAAUGGCACGAAUCAAAUCCCCACCAAAAGGAACCCCACCAAAAGCAUAAUUCAAUCUACAAGCAUAGUGAGGGUUAUACCACGUUGCAUGCACCAAAGUUUGAUCCAAAUUACUUACAAGGACCUCACGGGGAAUAUCAGCAGCCGCCUCUGAAUUCUGCCUACAACUUAUCGCAUGAAACGACAAAUUAUGCUGAAAAUACCCCAAGUUAUCCUGAAGUCGAAGCAAAUAAUGACAUAGAGGACGAUCCAAAAAAUGCAUAUCUUGUUCUGCUUGAUAGUAGUAACCGUGGACGAGACAUUCCCCUUAACGAUGUUAUCAGACAGGAACAUAUUUAUGACAAUGAUCAUCAAACAAGAUUUGAAGAACAAAAUUAUCAAACCACUUUCGAACCAAACCAUCCACCACCUGGAUCAGGCCAGAAUGGACCAGAAAUCUUGGAAAAUUUGGAAGCUCCACCGGUUGACGACUAUAUCGAGGGCGAGGAAGAAGAAUAUGACCAUGAAAACCAACAAUCACCUCCUCAAUUUCCUCAGCCUCUUUCCAACACAUAUCGUCAACCAGAACCAGAACCUUAUUUGCCCCCACCAUCACGCAUGCCUCAACAUUUCAACAGGCCUGUUUUGCCAAAACAAAGACGUGUGAACCCGUUUCCAGAUUCGCCAUUUCCAGGAAUGGGUGGAAUCUUUAGUCCUAAUCCAGGAUAUCUUGUGAAACAAAGGUUUUCAAUACCAAGAUUUCCAUUUAUAGGAUAAAAUAUUUUAUGACAAUAUUUAGAAAAUUUAUUAAUUGUAUACAUAUUUAUCAGGGUGUAAAACAAAUAAAUAACAUUGACAAAUGAA